GACCCGAGAGCCGGUCUUCGACUGUCGAACGCCAACUUUGAAUCCCGACGGAUCUCCUCCGUAUUUUUUACGUGACCGCGUGUGCGCGUGUGGGUCAGUGUUGUAUCGAGCAGUCCGAAUGGCUAGUUAUCACCGGAGCGAACCGUUACCGUUCGAAUGCUAAUCACCUCCGCGUUCGUGACAUCCGUUCGACGAUUGCUUCUUUCGUAUACAUUUUCGUCAUCGUUGUUAUUGUUUAGUGAUACAUUUUCGUCGUCGGUAAGAGGAGUAUUAUAAGAAGUUCGCCAUAAUUUUCGUGGACCGAGUGCAAUUACGGAAGUGACAGACCAGACCCGUCGGACGUCAUAACCAUGAGGAUUCUGCCGUACGUGUUCCUCCUGCUCAUGGGAAUGACAUGGAAAUGUGUACAAUCAACAUGUGUUUUCGAAACUGAUUUUGGGCUGUCAAUCAACUGUGGUCUAAAAAAGUCGGGAUUAUUUCGUGUGAGAAAUCUUGGAGGCCUUAAAGGAUACGUCGGAGUCGGCAUACAACUGGCCGAUGAACUAGGAUUCAAGGAGUCGCUUUCGACUCUGGAACAAAAUAGUAAACGUCGUUCAGUCAAUGGUUUUCCAGUGCCGGGAUCGUUCGAACCUCUGCAGUCCGUACCGCAAAAGAACAACCCCGCAACGACCGCUGCAGCCAACAAUGACAAUCAAGACAGAUCGGCUUACGCCAAGAUGAACGGCAAGUCUGCUGUUGGCGUCGUCACGGUUCCGCCUUUCCGGCCACUCAUGGCCGCGGCCAACAACAUGGUACGCAAUGUCAGACUGGCCGCUCAACAACAGCAACAGCAACAGCAACAACAACAACAACAGCGACUGCUGCAACAACAACCACAACAACUACAACAACCGAAACAGCAACAGCAACAACAGCACUUGUUGAAGCCACUACCCGUGCCAGCGUUCGCCGCCCUGCCAGAGUCCAUAGCCAAAGUCGCAGUGGAGCCAGCGCAACCUUCGCCGUUCGCCGGUGGUCAUCGGCAAUCACCGAUGGCUUCUGUGGUGAAGCCGAUGGUCGGCCGACUGUCCGUGCCGCAGAUGAUGCAACCUGUUGUGCCAGUCGCUUUGAUACAAGCGCAACGACAGACGAUGCCUUCAACAGUUUUUAUGACUCCAUCGCAGCAGCAGCAGCAGCCAAUGUUUAUGUCACAGCAGCCGCAACAACCGCAGACGAUGAUCAUGUCACAGCAACCGCAGCAACAGAAACAGAUUAUGGGGAUAAUGUUGCAGCAGCCCCCAGCAACAGCCAACGGUGAUAAUGUCUCAGCAGCCACAGCAACAGCCGACGGUGUUAAUGUCACAGCAGCCGCAGCAACAGCCGACGGUGGUCAUGUCACAGCAGCCGCAGCAACAGCCGACGGUGGUCAUUCACAGCAGCCGCAGCAACAGCCGACGGUGGUCAUGCCACAGCAGCCGCAGCAGUCGCAGCAGCAGCAGCAGCAGCAGCAGCAACAGCAACUAUCGCCAGUGUACUAUCACAACGCCAUGCAGCAAGCGGCCAACAGGCGUUUCAACGCGUUCGGCCAAAGUCCACAAAACUCGGUAGACGUACGACCGAUAAUCGUGAUGCCCACGGUGCCUGUGGCUGACGACCGGAAAAAGCAAAUCGACAGUAAUUCACCUCUGUCGAACGAAGUAGACCCGGCGUCGAUGAUGUCGCUAUUCAAUGUGGCCACCGCCAACAACGUGAGCGUCGAACAACUGGCCAUGGCUCUCCGACAACGGCAGCAGCAGACGUUUUACCAGACAGCCACCGACGAAAUAACCACACCUAUGCCGACCACAACUGUUACCGCGUUACCUACCACCACCACCACUACCACGACACUACCGCCGCCAGCACUUACCUCAGCAUACUCUUCGGACGAGCAACAGACGGUCGCUAAGAAAAUCAAACCGUACAAGUCGAAAUACGUGACCAGCCAAAAGGUGAUGAACGCCCCCAAGGAAUAUUAUCCCGUCGGAUACGACAAGAACUUCGACGACAACUUUGUGUCCAAAGUGGACCUGCCCGACACGACAUUCAGUUGCGGUGACCAGAAACAUUUCCCCGGAUUGUACGGAGAUGAGGAUUUGGGUUGCAUGGUGUUCCACGUGUGCGCGUUUACCGAUGACGGUCUGACGCAAAAGAGCUUCCUGUGCCCUGAGUCGACGCUGUUCGACCAGACCAUACUCAAGUGCAACUGGUGGUUCUACGUUGACUGCAAGUCGUCCAAGAAGUUGUAUGACAGCAACAUUCCCAUAUCGAAGAGCUAUCAGCUGAUGAAGGCACUGACGUUCUUCUCGUCGUACUCGGCUGGACCGUCCAUGGACGCUUCUGUGGCCGCGGCCACCGCCGCCGUAUCACGACAACCGUCAGACGAUACGGACAAGUCCGAUCUCGCUACCGUUUCGCCGCAAUUCGAUGGUGUCGCGAGUCCAUCAGUUUCAAACACCACCACAUCCACCGAAGUCCUUGACAACGUGUCAUUCCGAAGGUGAAUUGGAUAAUUUGUUCCAAUCACCCCCUUCCUCAUUCCCACGAACAUAAACAGAAGGCCAGAUUUUUAUUUUGAGCGCACGCGUUUAUGUACACGACGUCUCACAAAUAUUUAAUAACUUUUAUGUUUUAUUUAUUAUUUAAUUUAUGUAUAACGCUUAUACCGUUGUAACGAAUAGGUUUUAGUGAUUUUAGAUUUUUACUAUUUUUGUGAUAUAAUAAUAUUAUUCAAAAUAAACGUUGUAUAUUGUAGGUGAUACAUGGUAAUAUUAUCUAAAACGAAUAAUAUUUUUUUAGACACUUCAAAUAGUUUUCAAUAUUUUGCUCAUUUAAAUUUAAAUAAUUAUGACUAUGAUAAUCGUAAUAAUAUUAUUGUUAUGAUUGAAAUUAAAAAUUUAUAUUACAAUUGUAUAUUAUUAUGUUGUAACAAGUCUUUUGUACAAUUAUAUAUAUAUUAUUUUUUACUUAACAAUAUUAAAUUAUUUUACUACAUAAUAUAAACUUUGUCAUCAUUUAGAGCUAAUAUAAUUAGCUAAAUGUAUUUAAAUUUUAAGCCCAUACUCAAAUAAUACACUUAGUCAAAUAAUUUAAUGUUGAAAAUAAUAUUGUAGUUGUGUAGCAGUGGGAUGACUAGUGACCACAUAUUAUAUUAUGCAUAAUAAAACAAUAAAAUAUAUGGUAUACUAUUCUAUAUUA